AUGGAAAACGAUCCAACAACUCCCAACUCCCCUGACAGCGUCGGUUGGAUCUCUGAACGAACCCUUUCAGUUUCCACCACAUCAACCACCACACUGGCAGAUCCUUUCAGUCCAAUGAGCAUCUCAACACCUCAAGACUUCACUAGAUCUCCCUUCCCAAUCGAAUCACCCAAUAUCCCCUUCCACGAAAGUCCCAACUUCCAUCCUCAGUUCCUCCCCCUCCUACGCCAUCUCUCUACUGAACUUUACCCUCUCGUCAACUGUGAAACAGGCCUCCACCACCCGGACUUCCCACCAAACAUGUUGGCCUACAAUCUUCUGACCUCGGAACAGGUUGAUAACCUCGCCCGUCAUUUCCAUCAGGUCUACCCACCUGUCCCGGCUACAUUUAAUUAUCCUAUUCAUAUUAAACCAUGGAUUGGUACUGAGGAGGAGAAGACAAUUGAUCUUCCUACGAGGGUGAAGAGGUUAGGGCGGUUUUUCGGGUUGAGGGGAUGUGAGGAGGGGCGGGAUGUGGAUAUAGAGGACGAUCAUGCUGAUCCUGAGAAUGGAAAUGGUAAUGGGAAUGAGAUGAGUGAAAGUGAUGAGGUUUUACAACAAAUGGAGUUGGAAUGGCAACAAGCAUUGCAGAGAGCAUAUGCUGAGGAGUCGCAUCGAUGGAAUUUGAAGUAA